CAGUAACGGUCAUACUCCUGUGCAUUAUUUACCAUUUGUUUACAUAUUUUCAUUUGAUUUGUUUUGGUUUUGAAAAUAUUGAAAUGUCCGAGUUCGACACGCGACUUAUAGAACUGGUGAGGGCUAAUCCCCAGCUCUAUGAGAGGGAUCUAAGGAGCACGCCCUAUGACGCGCAUAAGAAACGGCACUCGGAGAUCUGGGGCAGCAUCUCCACAUCCCUGAAUACAGAUGUUAAUGCCUGUGUGAGUCGCUGGAACCAUCUGGUGGCCAAGCAGCGUCGGGAGCUGGCCAAGGAAAAAGCCGGAGGCACUGGCUCCGACUGGAGCCUCCUGCCCCAUCUGCAAUUUCUGCAUCAUCAUCACCAUCCGAUUAGUCACCGUAACUCGGGGGACUUAAGUCGCAACUCCCUCAAAUCCAUCGAGGAAGUCCAUGACGAGGAGGAUCCGCUGCAGGAGGCCAUGGAUGAGCAGCUGGCCGUCGCGGGAGCAGCACCGCCACCCACAAAUCCCAAUCCUGCCCCUCCCGCUGCUCCCGUUAGGGCAGAAAAGAGGAUAGAGGCCCUGCUGGAAGGACUGGGAGAAGCAAACCGCAUCAAGGCGGAGAAAAGGAUUCUGGCCUACCUCUGCAAAUGCAAUCUGCGCGCCCUCAACGACGAGCAAAUCGAUGAUAUUGUAAUAUAGGAUUAGGAGGUCGGAAAACACCUCAAAUCUUCUGGUUUUUUCUCUAGUCUUUUUUGAAUAUUACACUUAAUUAAUUUAUCACUGCUAUAUAUAUUGAAAUUGCUUAUUGAAAUACGCAAUAUUAUAAACCAUCACAAAAUCAAGUCAACAAACAUGGCGAAGCUUUCAUAAAUUAAACAAAGAACUUUGACUGUCUCUUCAAAACAACCCUUUUUUUUAAAUUAGAAGACGUACAUUACCACUAAAUUGUUGCCUUCAUUGUAUAAAACAUUUAAAUUAUUUUGUUGCGUUUAGAUUUUUGUAGAUCAAACCUUUCACUAUGUGUGCCUUGAUUUGAUUUAUAUAGCUAACUCUUGUAUUAAGGAUAUAACAACAGUGUAUAAUAUGUUUUGAUCUCCGCAAAAUAAUGUUUUCUUCUAUAAAUUAAAAUCUUAAACGACUACCAUGUAA